CCCCCACCCUCAGGUAGUAGUUAGCAAGGCUUAAGAGUGCUCUACAAUACUGGUAUACAAUGUGACAAAAAAACCUACAUUCAUAUUCAUUAGAGCAAACAAGUAAGAGGGUUAUUUAAUUCAUCAGCGACUUCAAUAAUACGUAACGGCAAAAAGGUAUUCUUUCGGUGAAAUGGAUCCAACUUCGACCAUGAAAUCUCUGUUACUGGCUAUCACCCAGUAUAAAAAUGCGAAAACUGAGAGCAAUGUUUUACAAGUACAGAGGCAAUUGGGUGUAAUUUGUGGGACAAAAGCAGUAAUGGUAUUUGCAACAAAUCAAAGCUUACCAAGUGAAUGUCUGAAUAGCCUUGUGGAACUUGUUGGUGAUCCUAACAUAAAAGUGACACUGACUCUAAAGAUUAUUGGAUUGCUAACACAAUUAGCAUCAGACCAUGAAAGCAGAGAGGCUUUGCACACAUACAACCUCAUCAGUGCACUUGCAACAGUGGUUCAACAUUAUAGUACAGCUCCCAAUGUGCAGGUUGUACUGCAGAGCUUGCAGCUUCUACAGAAAAUGACUUACAAUACCAGAGUUUUUAACUGUAGUGCAAAUAUUGAUGUGCUGAUUGCCUUUCUGGUGAAACAUAUUCAAGCCCCAGAAGAUGAGCUAACUAUGCCGUGCCUAGGGCUGAUGGCAAACCUGUGUCGUCACAACCUUUCUGUUCAAGCUCACAUAAGAUCUUUGAGCCACGUAAAAGGAUUUUACCGGUCUCUUAUUAAAUUCUUAGCUCAUAGUAGUUUGACAGUGGUGGUUUUUGCACUUUCUAUACUGGCAAGCCUAACACUCAAUGAAGAGGUUGGAGAGAAGCUGUUUCAUGCCAAGAAUAUCCACCAGACCUUUCAACUUAUAUUUAAUAUUCUGGUGAAUGGAGAUGGAACAAUAACCAGAAAAUAUGCCGUAGAUCUUUUGGUGGAUCUCCUUAAGAAUCCCAAGAUUGCAGAUUUCCUCCAAAGGUAUGAACACUUCAAGUCAUGCCUGGGUCAAGUACUAGGUCUUUUGAGCGGUAAGGACUCUGAUUCAGCAACCAAGAUCCUUGAACUACUUCUUGCUUUCUGUUCAGUGAGCAGUCUCAGGAGAAUAUUAUGUCAUACAAUGUUUGGAACCUCCUCUGAGCAACGGCGUACAGCAGCUAGCCUCAAAUCACAUGUUAAACAUUCGGAACCAAUUGUCACUCUUAUCCAUUGGUCAAGUCAACCACUAGAGAACUCCGACAGGUGUUCAUUACUGGCUUUGGUUCUUCUGAAGGAGUUGUUUGAGGAAAUAAUGGAUUGUACCCUUUGGACUACAGUUGAACCAUUUAUGGAGCUGCUUUUUCCUGUUAUCUUGGAGCAGUUACAGACUCCGGAUCAUGCCCAAGAGGGGACACUGAUGAAAAAGAAAUAUGAUCAAAUCGCAAAGGCUCUUGAUGUCCUAUUAGUGCUUUGUGGAGAUGAUACAAUCAAGUUGCAGGUUGCUAAGGUUCUCACAGCCAGAAACUGUCUCUCAAUUCUGGAAUAUCAAUUCACAUACAAUAGGAUGGAAAUUGGCUACAGAAGCAAUAUCACAGAUGUAGAGUUAUGUAAAAUAGGUACAGAAGUUGUCCUGAAGACACUCAGCCUUAUGAACAGACUCAAGCAGUUGGUGCCGAACAUGGAAGCAAGCUUUUAUAAGAUAUUGCAGGACCAACGACUCACUUCGCCUUUGUCGUUUGCUUUGACUUCCGAACACCAAGAACAUGUACAGUUUGCAUUAAAAAUUCUUUUUGAGGCAGCACCUUUGCCUGAUUUUCCUGCUAUAACGCUUGGGGAAAACAUUGCUGCCAAUAAUGCAUACAAACAGCAGAACACUGACCAUGUAAUGAAAAAAGUUCCUGUCCAUCAGCAUUCUGCAAGCUUUGUAACAUCAAAAUGUUCAAGUACAACCAAUGCUGCCAGAUCCAAUAUUCAUGAGUUGAUUGAUAAAUUGCAAUUAGGAAUGGAGCUGAAGGAACAAGUCAAGGAUGUGAGGCUGUCAGAUGUGAUGGAUGUAUAUGAGCAGAAGCUUUCAUCUCUUGCUUCUAAAGAAAACCGUUUACAGGACCUAUUGGAAGCCAAGGCACUGGCCCUAGCACAGGCUGAUCGUUUGAUUGCCCAGUACCGUUGUCAGAGAGCCCAUGCAGAAGCAGAGGCACGACAGUUAGCUUCACUUUUAAUGGAUGCAGAGAGAAAAAACGAAGAACUUGAUGGAGUGCUGAAGACACAACUGUUGGAAUCUGACCGUGCCAAGGCUGAUAUUGAGGAGCUUUAUCAACACAAUUGUAAAUUACAGGCCAUUUCUGAAGAACAUGAAUCUUUAAAAGUUACUUCAAAAAGUCUUGCUCAAAACCUUGAGACAGUCGAAAGGCAACUUGAAGAACUUCAGAUUGAACACAAUUCCUUAAGCAAACAAAGUGAAUUGUUCAAAAAGCAAAUUGACUCCCUUAAACAACAGAAUGAUAGAUGCCUUGCUCAGUUGGCAGAGAUGGAAGCGCAGAAAAAUGAUUUGUGCAUUCAGUUACAGGAAAAGGACAAUAAAUUAUUGGGCUUGGAACAAAAGCUCCAAGCACAGCAAGAAAAAACAAAAACAAUGGAGAAGGAGAAAGAGGAGAUGGAAGAAGCUAUUGAUGCCCUCCGAAAGGAGCUUAGCAAAACUGAGUUAGCCAGGAAAGAGCUCAGUAUUAAGUUGUCAUCUAUAGAAAUGCAAAAGUCCCAGGUAGAAGCACGAUUGCAACAAAAAGAAGCCCUUGUCCAAGCCCAACAGGAUGAACUCAACAAACACUCUCAGAUGAUAGCAAUGAUUCACAGCUUGAGUAGUAGCAAACUACAAUCAAAUACAGUAAAUCUCAGUCUGUAACCUUGUUUCUUGGGAUUUUGUUGAGAGAAAUGGGGAUUGACUUUGUUUGUUUAUAGUCCUUGCAUCUGAUGCAUUAUAUAUCUCCCCUAUGGGAUUAAAACUACAAAUUACUUUUAAAUAAGAAUUUGUAACCAUUAAAUAUCAAUAAUAUUUUUAAAAAUUUGCUUCAGAAGUGAGUGUUUGACAUUGCCAAAGUUUGACAUUGCUGAAUUGAACUGUUUUGAGCACAUUCACUGGCAAGAACUUAAUGGUAUUGCGGUCUUUAAAUUUAGUGUAAUAAUUCAAAACUAUUUCUGACUGCAUUAUCAGACUCAACAUGUAGCAUAUUACACCCUUUGGCCGUAAACUGACUAAUUGUAUAGAGAGUUCAGGUCAAGACAUGUACUGUUUGGGUUAGUACUGUAUCUUUUGAGUAGUUAUUACUUUGACAUUGGAUGAUAGCUGUGUCCCAGUGAGAAAAAUGCAAAACUUGAAUUUUCAAAAUUAUAUUAAUAGAUGCAAUUCUGUCUUCAUACUACUGUCCUGGAUUCCGAUGCCAAAUGCAUCACAGCUAUAAUUAUUCUAGCAGCAAUCCAUUUUAUCUUAAUCAUAAAAAAUAACUUAAUCAUGUUAUUGAUCAGCUUAUGCGUAAUGUAAAUGUAUGAAAAUUUUAUAUGCUUUUCAAUGUUUUUAUGAAUGUCCCUCACCAAACUGGGAAAGCACUGCUCUAAAAUUAAAAAAAAACAACUUGCAGAUUUUGGGUUCAAAGUAACCAACAUUAUCUUACCACAAAUAUAUAGCAAUAAUUUGCCUUGUACAUUCCUGUCGCUUGUGUUUGCUUCCUGUUCACCUUUGUAAUGAAUUUUGAUAGUGUUUUAAUCUAUGGUGUCAUCUCUAGAGAUGCUGUCUCAUUUUCAAUUCGUUGUGUACGGCCACACAAAUGUAUUACACUUUUACUUUUCUUCCUUUCCCCCUUGAGAAAAUAAACCUUUUCAAAUUAAAAA